GGUUUCCAGUGAAGGGGAGGAGGGGGAAAGGCUGUGUGACACUCAGCGCAUUCGCUCUGUUGGACUACCACGCACGUUACAGCGACCACACAGCAUCAACUUCAAAACAUAUCAAAAACGGAGGAGGGAGGGUACUGUCGGGAAUAUAAACGGUUUACACGCUACUUCACCAGCCAAGGGAUUAAAGCAGUCCAUCAGAUCUGUGCUGGAGUGAAGGUUCAGUUGGUGUCCAUACAGUGCGCCAUACAGUGAGCUGCGUGGCUGCCGGCCCAGUGGGCUGCCAGAGGAGUCAGAGCUGUGGAUUGCAUCAUUAUACGACAAAAGCAAUUGGAAUCAGAGUUCUCCCUCCCUCCUCUUCCUCCAUCUCGUCUUCUUUUUCUCUAGGCCUGACUCUCCCCAUACACAAACCUUCUGACCACUCCUCCCACACUGGGUAUGGUCCACUCCCCCCCGACUCCCCAGCCAGUCAGGCAGUGAGUCGAUGGAAGCUGUGUAAUCCUCUGUAAAGUAUAGGGCCUAUACGGCUGCAUAUGCUCCCUUUUGUCAUGGUGACUGUUGUUGUUGCAGAGGCCUCCCUCAGGAGAGCACAUGAGGGAGAACAGAAGGCAGCAUAAAGCCCACAGAGGAAGGAAGAGAGAGCGAUAGAGAGAUACUGACACCGCUAUUUAUUUGACCGUAGGAGAAUGAGCUCCACAGGGCAGUGGAUGGCAUUCAUUGGGGGUGAAACUACAUGAUGUGGGACUGGCAUUACCACCCCACGCCAAUCACAAAUUGGACCAACAGUCAUUUUUGGAGAUAUUUGCCACAUAGUGGGCUGCAGCAAGGGAUGCAGUGAAACAGAGACAAAAAGACAAGACAGUUUUUUUUCUUGAAUUACAAUAUUUUUCUAUUUUUCCUCCCCUUGGUGUCUUUUUAAAUUUCAGCCUACCAAAAGUGCCUUUGUCAACUUUUUACUCAUCUUCCCCUAUAUUCAUAUUCCUAAUUACCACAGAUUACCGUAUGUUCAACAUAUGUGGGCCACAGCACCAACCUCCAUCAAAUACACAGACGACAAUCAUCUCUUUUCCAAGUAGUGUCUCUGCUUGGGGAGAGCCUAUUUAGUGACUUUUUGCACUGUCUUCUCCCAACCCUUGUUGCUUUGACGACGUCAACAUGAUCAGUAUCCAGUCCAAAUGGCGCUACCUUUUCAUGUUUCUGGGCAUCCAGCUGGUGGUCAUGGCGCUGCUGUCCCGAGAGGGAUACCAGAAGAGGGUCUCCUACUUCAUCCGCAUCUUCCGCAAGCCCGACACCACUGGUUUAUCAGGCCGCAACCAAACAACAGUGGGCAUACCUGGAGGGGAUGUAUAUGCCAACCUCUCAACACUUUUCAAAACUCAUGUCAAUGAAGAUCACAUGCCCUUGUGCCCUAAGACGUCCCCUCUUAUAGGUGGGCCGAUUCACGUCAAAUUCCCAUCAGGGCUGACUCUAGCAGAGGUGCAGAGGAAGAAUCCACUGGUGAUGCGCGGAGGACGCUACCGGCCACCUGACUGUGAGGCGAGACACCGAACAGCCAUCAUCAUUCCCCACAGAAACAGAGAACACCACCUCAAGUUCCUUCUAUACUACCUGCAUCCUUUUCUGCAGCGACAACAGCUCAACUACAGAAUUUACAUCAUUCACCAGGCUGGAACAUACACUUUCAACAGGGCCAAGCUGAUGAAUGUGGGUUUCCGAGAAGCCAUGAGAGAGGAGGACUGGGACUGCCUCUUCUUCCAUGAUGUGGACCUCAUCCCGGAGGACGAUCGCAACACGUACGUCUGCGACUCCACCCCCAAGCAUGUGGCCAUCGCCAUGGACAAGUUCGGCUACAAGCUUCCGUACAAUAUGUACUUUGGAGGAGUGUCAGCUCUGACGCCACUGCACUACCUCAAGAUGAACGGCUUUCCCAACAACUACUGGGGCUGGGGUGGAGAGGACGACGAUAUUGGACUCAGAGUGUCACUGGGGGGGAUGUACAUCAGUCGUCCGUCAGUGAAGGUUGGCCGUUACAAGAUGAUUAAACACAAGCUGGACAAAGGCAAUGAUGUGAACCCAAAGAGGUUCAACAUGCUGGCCAAAACCCGUCAGACCUGGAAGUCGGAUGGGAUGAACACAGCUGAAUAUGAGCUGAUCUCACGGGAAUACAUGCCCCUCUACACCAACAUCACUGUUAACAUCGGCACUGAGGCCGGUCUACAUUCCCCUCCACCUCCACAUCCUCCAGAAAAAGCUGAAGAAAAACAUCCAGAGAAAAAAGCACCUGCCGAAGUCCCAGUCAACGUCCCAGCCAAAAUUACAGAAGGCGACACUAACAAAAAGCCAACACAAAAUACUUCUAAUCAUGUAUAACGCUGCCAUGACUUCAAUGGGAUAAUCCUAUUGGUCGAGCUGUAGGAUGCUGUUUUUUCUCCUCUAUCACCUGGAGCUGUUUUCACUUUUUUGUCAGUUUUUGGUGGCAUUUCUUUGUGGGCAGUGGGACACUGAUUUGGGUGAUUUUAAAAUGGUGAUUUUUUUUUUUUUGAUUUUUUUUUUUUUUUGAUUUUUUUUUGAAAAUGAAAAUAAUUGACCUGAAUUUAUCAAUCCUUAGAUGACGGCUCUCCACCUUGGCUCCUGUUCUAUCACUGACUCUUCUUCCAAUGGGAGCCACAGUGAAGGGUGAAGGGUAAACGUUGGACUCUGUGAGUUUAUAUAUCUACAGCGCUGUGGUCGCUGGCUAAACCUUGUGAUGCCUUAGAAGCUUGUUUUGUUUGCUGUCUCUUCACUCGUACCUUACAUUAUUCCGAAUAUUGGGUUUGAUAGAGCAGUAGCUGUGAUUUCCAGCAGUCGCACUCGUUUUUUUUGUCCAAAUGCCAAUGAGUGAUGAAUGAAGGAACUUGAAAAUGUUGUUUAUUACUGCUUCUGACGGAACGCUGCACGUCCGCCACCUGUCUGCAAAUACCUGGGGUCCCGUUUAGAAAGACCUUUAUCCGUUUGGUUUCUGCAUCAGGUGGACUAAAUCCUUCAAAUGUUUUCAGAUGCUGUACACAUACAUUGCCUGUCAUUUUCAGUGGAAAUACUAACGAGAAUGAGAGUUCAUUUUACGUCUUGGUUCUGUAAACCAAGGCCAAGGUACAGUUCUAUGUAAAGGCAGUGCAUUCAAUUCAGCCUUUCACAUUUCAGCAUAUGGGAUAUCUACAUUUGAUUUUCUGUUGUUUUUGUUAUUGUGUGCAUUCACCUUUAUCCAAUAGAGCACCUCUUUGUGACGGUGAUCAGUCCUCUGCCUUCAGAUGAGCUUGAGAUUCACAUCAAAAUGGAGUCUGUCUUGCUUUUUAAAAAAAAAUAUUUAUCAUUUGAUCAUCUGCAGUGUACUUUACAUCUCCUUAUGUAGAUGUUUCCCCCUAAGAGUGCUGGCUUACUCCCACAACACUUUAUAUGCAGUCAAAUGUUCUAAUCUAUCUUUUGCCCACUUCCUUUCCUUAAUCUAUACAUAUCAUGGAGAAAUGCACUCAAAAAAGUAAAAAUAUAUAUAUAAUUGACCUCAGUUCAAUUGAAGGAAUAUUAUGAUCUUGUUUGUGUUUUGAGAGAAUUCUGUGACUUCUUGUUAGGAUAUGAUUCAUUAAAACCGCCACAGAAUAGUGUCUCAAUGAAACUGUGUUAAAAUUAAGCAGAUUAUAUCAUUUCACGAUUUCUUAGCAAUAUUGUUAUAGUCUCACCACGAUGUUUAUUUUUAUUUUCUGUUCUCCCCUUUCGAACACAACUAUUUGUCCCUGUGUAAUUUUCAAGUUUCUCCAUAAUCUUACUCUGGAAGCCUUCACAUCGAAACAUCUGCCAUGUCCUUUCCACUUGUGCCCGUAUACUGCAUGUCUGCUCCUCCUUCGCUUCUCUCCACUCUGACAGAUUUGAUUGUAAACAUGCGAAAAAAGAAACUGUCCCCUCUUCCACUGAGUGGCUGUACUGGCAGUUGAACAGGCUGAAACCAAAGAUGACUGCAUGGAAAGCUGUGUUGAGGGAUAACAUAUUGUGUGUGUGUGUGUGUGUGUGUGUGUUUGUAGUGAAUGAUUUCUGUACUACUCUUAUGUACAUACCUUUCAUCUCUUCCUAUCAAUACUUGUAUGUUGUUCAAAGAAUCUCACACCAACACUCAUAAUUUACGUUUUUUUUCUUUUUUGUGAAGAGAUGAAGAUGGUCCAUGAUGAUUAUCCAUGAUGAUUACAAGUGAUUUAUUUUCUGAAUGCUGUACUGAGAACUUGUUUUUUCAUCAUGACAUUGGGCAUUUGUCCGUGUUAGUGGACGAUUUUGAGCUCUGAGAGUGUCCGCCUGUGAUUUUCAUAAUUAGAUGACUAUAUACUGCAUUAUCAUUUUGAUGUGACUUCAUAUUCGACUCCUAUGGCCUUAGCAACACAUAAUAGUGGUAUUUCAACUUGUGCUCACUAAUACAAUAGCAUCUUUAUAUCAAGACUUAAUAUGCAUGGCAACAAACCUAUUAGCAAGGAAGUGUACCGAGCACAAUGUGAAGAUGAUACAUAUCAGUGCUCCUCUAGAAGAAUAUGAAGCAUGCUGAAGUGUCUAUGUUGUGAACUGGAAACGUUCUUAUUGUGACUGUAAAUGCAAGUUUCUGCUGUGGGGAAUGCUCCUCACUGUUAAAUGUAGGGCAUUUCUCAGAAAGAUGUACAAAGGAAGCUUAUAUUCCCAAAGUCACAGCAUACAGUCUCCAUUAACUGUGCGACACUCGACCUGAUGUUUUGUGUUUCUGAUUUAAGCUACUUUACGUUUGAUUUGACUCCGUUCUGAUGUAGAUCAGCAGCAAUAGAAAGCAGUCAUCACAGGGUAGCACUGAAGUAACCAAGAGCAACGUGACUUUGUGAGUUAUUUCUGCUCUUUAUGAAUUCUGCACAGUCCAGAGUGGCCUUAAAUUCAUUAAUAAACUGAUUAUUCAAAAGCAA